GAUGAGGUGGGGAAAUGGCGGAGGUCGCUCACAAGCUGGGCGGCGGAGUUUGCCGGUUGUCCACCGUCAGGUCCGGCCAGAGUUUACCGGUUUGCUGCGGGGAUGCUUCCGAAACUCGGCGUGAAAAGUGCAUUUUUAUGGCAAGUCGAAAUAAUGAUGCUUUACCUGGGAACGAAGGGCUGGUUUGGCUAAAAACCAAAGCGGCAGAACCCAAAAUAGAAGUCGGGCGAGUGGGAAGAAGUCAUCUUGUGAAUGAAACUUGUUUGUACCAGAACUCAACUCGUUUUACUGGGUUUGUUCAUGCUCGAGAGAUUUUGAAUGUAUUAAACAGUUCUUUAGUUGGACUGCAAAGGUCUUCCGGGAGCAGAGGAUCUGUUUCCGGUCACCUUAACCCGCUCUUCACGUCAACUCAGCAGCUGCGAGCUUUCUGCAUCCUCAUCCGACUAAAUAGGUUAGAGAGACGACAUAGUGACUCUCUUAAAUCCAGAAGCUACAGCAGGACAAGAGACCCAAAAGAUGACCCCUUGUACAGAAACAGGACGGCCUAUUAUGACAUCCUCAAAGUGUCCCCGAAUGCCACGCAGUCCCAAAUCAAGACGGCCUACUACAAACAGUCUUUCCUCUUCCACCCGGACAAAAACCCCGGGAGCGCAGAGUCUGCACUGCGCUUCUCUGAGAUCAGCGAGGCCUACACGGUGCUGGGCAACAAAAGUCUGAGGAGAAAGUACGACCGAGGCAUUCUGAGCAUGACGGACGUCCGCGGCGUGGGAAGACCCCCCUCCAAGGAGACCCCGAGCAGGUCUACGGGAUCCACACAACAACAACAGCAGCGGCAAACUACCUCCAGGCGCUUCUCCCAAACGGGAGGGAGGCCCGUGUACGACUUUGACGCCUUCUACCAGGCGCAUUACGGCGAGCAGCUGCAGAGAGAGCGAGAAAUGCGAGCCAGGCGGCAGCGUGAAGUCGAGGCGCGCAAGGAGAAGCUGCUCAGGUGGAGGCAGAGCAAGAUAAUCGAGGGCACGGUGGGCUUGCUGCUGCUGGUCGCGGGCAUCGUUUUCAUGAGCGUCAGCAAGCCCUGAAAGACGAGCGGCAUCGGGACCACCACCCUUGUGGGGCGGUGCGGUGUCUCGGUUUUAGUCUUUUUUUAAUCAAGGGUUGGAGUCAUUUGGGUGUUCGUUUAAGUCAAUCUUUUGGGAAUACACCUGGCAAAAUCCUACAAAUAAAAGUUUGCCCAACUGUGUGUGACACUGCAAUGGCAAUAAAUUGCUGUCUUACUGUCUUUUGUUCAUCAUCUCUUUGUAUUGCGGUGAUUCCCAACCAGGGUGCUGGAAGAGGUCAUCAGAGGUGCUAAGGGGAGGUUAUCCAAUUUCACUUAGUUUACCCUAGAAUUAACUACAAACGUUUGUUCAUAUAUCUAUCUAUGCCUGCAACACAUAUGGACAGACAGAACAAUUUUAAUGCUUCUCUAUUAGGUGG